UCACAGAAAAGAUGUCCUUCGAGGGUGCCAGACUCAGCAUGAGGAACAGAAGGAACGGCCUGCUGGACAGUACCCGGACCCUGUACUCCAGCACGUCCCGCAGCACGGACGUGUCCUACAGCGAAAGCGACUUGGUGAAUUUUAUUCAAGCAAAUUUUAAGAAACGGGAAUGUGUCUUCUUUACCAAAGAUUCCAAAGCCACGGAAAACGUGUGUAAGUGUGGCUACACCCAGAGCCAGCACGUGGAAGGCACCCAGAUCAACCCAAAUGAGAAAUGGAAUUACAAGAAACACACCAAGGAAUUUCCAACGGACGCCUUUGGGGAUAUUCAGUUUGAGACUCUGGGGAAGAAAGGGAAGUAUAUCCGGUUGUCCUGUGACACGGACGCGGAGACCCUCUAUGAGCUGCUGACCCAGCAUUGGCACCUGAAAACGCCCAACCUUGUCAUUUCCGUGACCGGAGGCGCCAAGAACUUCGCCUUGAAGCCGCGCAUGCGCAAGAUCUUCAGCCGCCUCAUCUACAUCGCGCAGUCGAAAGGUGCUUGGAUUCUCACUGGAGGCACCCAUUAUGGCCUGAUGAAGUACAUCGGGGAAGUGGUGAGAGACAACACCAUCAGCAGGAAUUCAGAGGAGAACAUCGUAGCCAUUGGCAUAGCGGCUUGGGGCAUGGUCUCCAACAGGGACACCCUCCUCAGGAAUUGUGACGCUGAGGGAUAUUUUUCAGCUCAGUACAUAAUGGAUGACUUCAAGAGAGACCCUCUGUAUAUCCUGGACAACAAUCACACCCAUCUGUUACUCGUGGACAAUGGCUGCCACGGACAUCCUACAGUUGAGGCAAAACUGCGGAAUCAGCUGGAGAAGUACAUCUCUGAGCGCACUAUUCAAGAUUCCAACUACGGUGGCAAGAUCCCCAUUGUGUGUUUUGCCCAAGGAGGUGGCAAAGAGACUUUGAAAGCCAUCAACACUUCCAUCAAGAGUAAAAUCCCCUGCGUGGUGGUGGAAGGCUCAGGGCAGAUUGCGGACGUGAUCGCGAGCCUGGUGGAGGUGGAGGAUGUGCUGACGUCAUCCGUGGUCAAGGAGAAGUUGGUGCGCUUCUUACCCCGCACGGUGUCCCGGCUGCCUGAGGAAGAGACCGAGAGUUGGAUCAAAUGGCUCAAAGAAAUUCUCGAAAGUUCUCACCUGUUAACAGUUAUUAAAAUGGAAGAAGCUGGGGAUGAAAUUGUGAGCAACGCUAUUUCCUAUGCUUUGUACAAAGCCUUUAGCACCAAUGAACAAGAUAAGGAUAACUGGAACGGGCAGCUGAAGCUUCUUCUGGAAUGGAACCAGCUGGACCUAGCCAGUGAUGAGAUUUUCACCAAUGACCGCCGAUGGGAGUCUGCUGACCUUCAAGAGGUCAUGUUUACGGCUCUCAUAAAGGACAGACCCAAGUUCGUCCGCCUCUUCCUGGAGAACGGUUUGAACUUGCGGAAGUUUCUCACCAACGACGUCCUCACCGAGCUCUUCUCCAACCACUUCAGCACCCUUGUGUAUCGGAACCUGCAGAUUGCCAAGAAUUCCUAUAAUGAUGCCCUCCUCACGUUUGUCUGGAAACUGGUAGCUAACUUCCGAAGAGGCUUCCGGAAGGAAGACAGAAACAGCAGGGACGAGAUAGACGUAGAGCUUCACGACGUGUCUCCUAUAACUCGACACCCCCUGCAAGCACUCUUCAUCUGGGCCAUUCUUCAGAACAAGAAGGAACUUUCCAAGGUCAUUUGGGAGCAGACCAGGGGCUGCACUCUGGCAGCCCUGGGAGCCAGCAAGCUUCUGAAGACUCUGGCCAAGGUGAAGAAUGACAUCAAUGCGGCAGGGGAGUCCGAGGAGCUGGCCAAUGAGUACGAGACCCGUGCAGUUGAGCUGUUCACGGAGUGCUACAGCAGCGACGAGGACCUGGCCGAGCAGCUGCUGGUGUACUCCUGUGAAGCCUGGGGCGGCAGCAACUGCCUGGAGCUGGCGGUGGAGGCGACGGACCAGCACUUCAUCGCCCAGCCUGGCGUCCAGAAUUUUCUUUCCAAGCAGUGGUAUGGAGAGAUCUCCCGAGACACCAAGAAUUGGAAGAUUAUCCUGUGUUUGUUUAUUAUACCCUUGGUUGGCUGUGGCUUUGUAUCAUUUAGGAAGAAGCCCAUCGACAAGCACAAGAAGAUUCUGUGGUACUACGUGGCGUUCUUCACCUCCCCCUUUGUGGUCUUUGCCUGGAACGUGGUCUUCUACAUCGCCUUCCUCCUGCUGUUUGCCUACGUGCUGCUCAUGGAUUUUCACUCGGUGCCACACUCCCCCGAGCUGGUCCUCUACGCCCUGGUCUUUGUCCUGUUCUGCGAUGAAGUAAGACAGUGGUACAUGAAUGGGGUGAAUUAUUUCACUGACCUGUGGAAUGUCAUGGAUACGCUCGGGCUUUUUUACUUCAUAGCAGGAAUUGUGUUUCGGCUCCACUCUUCGAAUAAAACCUCUUUGUAUUCCGGACGGGUGAUCUUUUGCCUGGAUUAUAUCAUAUUCACUCUAAGGUUGAUCCACAUUUUCACCGUAAGCAGAAAUUUAGGACCCAAGAUUAUCAUGUUGCAGAGAAUGCUGAUUGACGUGUUCUUUUUCCUGUUCCUGUUUGCGGUGUGGAUGGUGGCCUUUGGCGUGGCCAGGCAAGGGAUCCUCAGGCAAAACGAGCAUCGUUGGAGGUGGAUAUUCCGCUCGGUCAUCUACGAGCCCUACCUGGCCAUGUUCGGCCAAGUGCCCAGCGACGUGGACGGUACCACGUACGACUUUGCCCACUGCACCUUCACUGGCAAUGAGUCGAAGCCGCUGUGUGUGGAGCUGGACGAGCACAAUCUGCCUCGGUUCCCCGAGUGGAUCACCAUCCCCCUCGUGUGUAUCUACAUGCUGUCUACCAACAUCCUGCUGGUCAACCUGCUCGUCGCCAUGUUCGGCUACACCGUGGGCACCGUCCAGGAGAACAACGACCAGGUCUGGAAGUUCCAGAGAUACUUCCUGGUGCAAGAGUACUGCAACCGUCUGAACAUCCCCUUCCCCUUCGUGGUCUUUGCCUACUUCUACAUGGUGGUGAAGAAGUGUUUCCAGUGCUGCUGUAAGAGGAAAAACACGGAGCCCUCUCCUUGCUGUUUAAAAAACGAAGACAACGAGACUCUGGCCUGGGAGGGUGUCAUGAAAGAAAAUUACCUCGUCAAGAUCAACACGAAAGCCAAUGACACCUCAGAGGAAAUGAGGCAUCGGUUUAGACAGCUGGAUACAAAGAUUAAUGAUCUCAAGGGUCUUCUGAAAGAGAUUGCUAAUAAAAUCAAAUAGAACUUCAUGGACUCUAAUGGAGAAAAAUCUAAUUACAG